CACAUCCUUUCUAGAUCUAAGUAGUAACUUCAACACAGGAAGCUCCCGUCGGCUCAUGGAUCGGAUAUCCACCCCGCCUUUGACUCGAGACAGUCCACUUUCUCUCUGGAUCUAACUUAGCAGUGACGCCAAGCGCCGAAUCUCGUCCAAUGUCGAGAUAGUAGUCUCAUCAGGUCUAUGCCUUACAGUACUUCAUUGUGCUGAGCUGUUCUUCUUUUCGCUGUAGCUCCUGAUGUCAGCUUUUGAAACACCCAAUAAACGGCCCGGAUACUACUUGUGUCUUUUGUCUUUGCUGAGCUCUCUCCCUUCCAUUCCAAUCUGACCUAGGUAGGUAGUUAGUGAGAUACCUCUCAUACAGGCCGCCAAACCCUCCCACCAGUCUCGACUUUUCCUCACUCAGCCCGUCAUGCUUGGAUCUACUCAAUCUACGUCUUGUUCCUUUCAUCUCACUUGAAUUUGAUCUUCUACAUAUUUCAUGUCCCUCCGUCAACGUCACCCUCAUCGUCAGCCAAUCCCACCUCAUUGCCUAACUCAAUUGUCGUCACUCGUGUACUAUUUGGUCUUGUGCACGCUACUACACGUCUCGCCCACUUUCACCCAAGUCUAUUAGAACUAUCGACAUCAUUGCAUUGCUCUCUAUGCUCUGACCCAGCCCGUGUCAUUCUUGCCAUCCUCGCGGCUGCUAUAAGCUACUAGUUACAUGCUAGAGCUGCAGCAGUUAACCAAUUGCCGCUAAAGAGAUAUCGUCUUGACAAGUUGGCGCCUCCUUUUGGACACGAAACGACACAAGGCACCGCAAGCGAGCUCACAAGAGGGAAGAAGCCCACGGCAAUAGCAACUCGCGGCAUCAUUUUGUGCCCAUCAGUAUCAGUACCAGCUCCCGCUCGUGUGCAAUCGUUGAUCCGAUCUGAAAGAGGGGCAACUUUCGUUGUGGGCGGAGCUCCAACCACUACAUCAUCACCAGCCUGCUUAAACCUUGUACCGUUACUAGCUUGCUUAAGGUGCCUUAUUCUGGCUUGCCCUGCCUUCACAAUCAUUCAUAUCACCUUCUCUUGUGCAAAAGUUUUGGUCACUCGCAAUUAGACGGGCUCAGUUUUGGCAUGGCUGUUUAAACGGCGAAAAAUCAAAGCCAAAAGCAUCUUUCAAGGCACGGGGUAUUCGUAUCCUAUCCCUCCACCUGUGCCAGCCACCAGAGAGCCAAGGAAUAGUAUCAGCCAUCCAAUUGCCGGCCUCGGGUGGAAUGCGCCAAGAGUUCAAAUCCUUUGUUCACUUACGAAACCAAAAAGAAGGAAAAAACAAAGCCCAGGUUCUCACCACCGAGCAUUGUCUUUAUUCUCACUGUCCUGUCCACGCAUGCUUGUUAAGCCCAUAGCCCUGGAUACCGUUGUUUACUACCUAACCUAACCUAACCUCUGAGCGAGCUGAAAGAGAGCUUCCCCACAGAAAGACAAGCCGAUCUUGAACAGACCAGACCGAGACCAGCACGUCACGUCAGCCUCCAGCCUCUCCCCACCAUUACGUUGCUGUACCUGAACUUGAAAGAGCUGCAAUUGCAAGGUUAGCUCGGGCUAGUAGGUUGCACCAGGCGAGCUCACUGACUUCUUGCUGGUCCAGGAGAAGCAAACGUGCUCAAAUCCCUCCAACUUUGCUGUUUCAUCCAUCUAUCCCUCUCUCUAUUAUCUCUUGCGUAUCUGUCAUCCUGUUGUCAAUCAAUCGGAGAGCUCUCAGUAAGGCAUAUUUCAACCGAUUAUCCCACAAUUGGAUCCAUCCACAUCCACCACAAGCCCACCACAAACCAAGCUGAGAAGCUGGGCUGGGUAAACUGACCUGUUCCGCUCCGUUCGAUCGAUCUGCACAGAGUGUUUCCUCAUCUUUGGGUCCAUUCUACCGUAACCACCACCACUCCUACACACUAACUACGACUACCUACCUUACCUACCUAUCUCAUCCCCUCCCCGCUUCCCGUCUCUUGCAAUUCUCUCCCCCCUCUCUUUCUGUCGUCACACUAUUACUACCCUAUGCCUUCACUGGGGUUUCUCAAGAAAAAGCGGACCAGAGAGGGCAACUCUGACCCUUCUGCUUCAAGUCCAACUAGUCCAGUUACUCCUACCACUUCCAGGUCCAAGUCCAUCUCCAAAGCUUUUCACCUGCCUCGAACAAGCAGGCAAUCCACCUCAGCACCAAAUUCCCAACCAACCAACGGCCAGAACCAGCAACAGCAGCAGCAGCCCGACCAGAUUCAGGAAGGUGCCGUGUCUCAAUCGAAUCAAUCCUCUGCGCCGAAUGAGCAGACGACAGCAGCUACGGGCGGACAACAACAAGAAGAUAUGAGCGCAAUUAACCUCCAUCAACCCUCAUACGGUGCGGGCAGUCCUAUGAAUCACGAUCAUCAAAACCUACCCAGCAUCAAUAACCUCAUCAACCCGCCCCAGCAGCAGCACAAUGCCCAGGGCAAUUCCUACAACAACGGCCAGACCAACCCGCAGUACCUAGCCGCCACGAUAGACAGCCAUCGACCGCAGACCGUCAGUCCCGGAACUGAUCCCGCAGCCCUCCAACAGCAGCAGCAGCAAGCUCUGCCACAGCCAAGUAUGCUUCCGCAACAGCAACAGUCGCAGGCGCAGCAACAACAUCAGCAGCCAUCUCAGCAGUUCCAACAACAGCAGAACCAGAGUCAGAAUCAAGCGCAACAGCAACAACAGUACCAACACCAGCCGCACCAUCAACAGAACGCUAGCACUGGUUCAGUCAUGCGCGUAACAAAAGGAAAAUACUCGUUGGGUGACUUCGAUAUCUUGAGGACGCUUGGAACUGGUAGCUUCGGUCGAGUACAUUUAGUCCAAUCGAAGCACAACCAGCGUUUCUAUGCGGUCAAGGUGCUCAAGAAGGCCCAGGUGGUCAAAAUGAAGCAAGUCGAACAUACCAAUGACGAACGCCGCAUGCUAGCUGACGUCAAACACCCUUUCCUUAUCACCCUCUGGGGCACGUUCCAGGACCCCAAGAACCUCUACAUGGUGAUGGAUUUUGUUGAAGGUGGAGAGCUGUUUUCACUUCUGAGGAAGUCGGGACGUUUUCCUAACCCCGUUGCCAAAUUCUACGCCGCCGAGGUCACUUUAGCCUUGGAAUACCUCCAUUCAAAGAACAUUAUAUACCGCGAUCUCAAGCCGGAAAAUUUGCUGCUCGAUCGGCAUGGCCAUCUGAAGAUCACAGAUUUCGGUUUCGCGAAGCGUGUGCCUGAUAAGACGUGGACUUUGUGUGGCACUCCGGAUUACCUAGCGCCUGAAGUGGUCUCUAACAAAGGCUACAACAAAUCCGUGGAUUGGUGGUCCCUGGGCAUCCUGAUAUACGAAAUGCUUUGCGGUUACACCCCCUUCUGGGAUAGUGGAUCUCCCAUGAAGAUCUACGAAAACAUUCUCAAGGGCAAAGUGAAAUAUCCGGCAUACGUCAACGCGGACGCUCAAAAUCUUCUUGAGCGUCUGAUCACAGCCGACCUCACAAAGCGAUUAGGUAAUCUCUACGGAGGCCCAGAUGACGUGAAGACCCAUCCUUGGUUCGCUGAAGUCACCUGGGAUCGAUUAGCCAGGAAGGACAUUGACGCACCUUACACGCCACCAGUCAAGGCGGGUGCUGGAGACGCCAGUCAAUUCGAUCGUUACCCUGAAGAUCCCGAGAAGUACGGAGUGGUUACGGCACCAGAUGAGUACGGUCACAUGUUUACGGAGUUUUAAGAAAGUGCUUGAGAGCGAGUUAUGGAUGCACUUUGUAUGAUUAGGUUGGAAACAAACCUCUCUGGGUGCAGUCAACUUUGGGUGGGCGUUCAUGCUGGUGCGCUUUCCUCUUGGAUAUGAGAUGCUGGAACUGUGUUAUUUGUCGUUGGUUCAUGUUUCACGCAAUUGCAGGAAAGGGUGAAUGAAAAAGACGGCUCCCGGGAAUCUCUGGUUGGAGAGUUGGUUGGCUGUUGGCUGUUGGUUGAUGAGCUCAGUUUGGAAAGCCAGGUGAACAUAGCCUAUGCAAGUAGCCCAGGCCACAGAAUACCUAGCCUUGAACAAAUAUCCGUACUACGGCAUCCUUAUACUCAAGUACCCAUAGUAUAUCUAGUCCGUCUUGGUGACCAAUUGAUGAAUAUGCGCAAUUCCAUCAAUAUUUUCAGUCUACCAACGUUGCUAUGACGUUUCCUUUAUAAUUCUUGUCAGAAGCUAUAGUAGAUAGAAUCCCCAGCUGAUAGAAAUUCUG